AUGGCAAAACGCAUUGCGGAUCAACAGCUGACGCAGCUAAAUGUGCAUGAACUGCAUAACCCAGGCGCAAAUGAUGCGGACCAGUGGACGAACCAGAGGGCAAAUGCGUCUAUGAUGGCGAGGAGAAACAUGGCAUACAACCGUUUCGCAAGAUCUAGCUUUGAGGCGUUUCGUCGACAACAAGAGGAAGAGCGCGAUUUUGCAGAACGCCCGGCGACUAACAAGUACCUUAGGGUAAUUCAGCCUCGUGGACGUCGCCCAGCACAACGACCUGGAGCGACAUCUGCAUCACUAUCUCAACCGCAACAGCAGCAGUCGUUUCAACCACAACAAGCGCAACAGCAGUCAUUGCCCGGUUUCCAACAGCCAUCGCAGCCUUCGCUUAAUUUUGCACAACCGCAACAAGAUAACAACGGUCAGCCGCAGCAAAAUAUUUUUGGCGGAUCUCAACAAAAUAGCUUCGUCUUUGGGCAGCAAAUGCCAAAAAAUGUACAGACUCAAGCGAGUCAAUCUUUCCCACCUUUCCAAGGCUUCGGCACUCAAAGCAACUCAACGACCAAUGAUCAAUUCACUCCGCCGAGCAGCUCCUUUAGCUUUAACACCGCUCCAGUGUUCAAUCCGUUCGCCCAAGCCAGUGCGAUCACCCAGGAGCCGCCUCAACCUACACCGAGCACCUUUAGCUGGCCAUCUACUUCUCGACCCCAGAGUCAAGGCAGCAGCAUCUUCUCUUUGCCACCGUCAGCAGAGCAACCUUCGACCACCCAGCAACAGGAGUCUCAAUCACCGAUAGCACAAGCCCUCAAUCAAGUGAAACAAGUUGAUUAUAACAACUUAUUCGCGAAUAUGGAUAAGUCGAAGACUAAUCCAUUCGCUGACAUGAGACAUCCUCAGCCUGCUCUUUCGGUUGAAAAUGAUCUCGACAAUAGUCGAAGCAUGUUUAUCGGCAUACAGAGGGAACGAGAAGCACAAGCUCGUGGUACAAUUACUAGUACUCGAAAAGCAGAUUUGACAACCAGUCAGCCAUUAAUCGAGAAAGCAGAAUCACAGACCGAUCAAGAUGUCCCAAAAUCUACAAAUAACCUCUUUACAUCGAAAGCUGUCGCAAAACCCCCGACUCCAGCAAAAGAAAACCCCUUUGCCGCAAGCAUUGCACAAUUUAGAGCCAGCCAGCAAAACACAUCGGACUCAAGCAGUCCGUUUUCUGAAUCAACGCAGCCUGCAGCCAAACCCGAUGAGGUAGGAGCGGCAAAUCCUCACUCUCAACCAAACUUGUUCUCAUCUGAUACAAUCCCUGCUUCGUCCAAUAUCGCGACACAAGAAGCUCCUCAACCACAGUCAACUCCUUUCCAAAUUUUCGGCUCGUCAACGAGCCAGUCGUCAGCAAAACCAUCGGCCGCUACAGGAUCGCCACAAGCAGGUAACAGUCUGUUUGAUAGAGUGUCUUUCCCAUCUGGUAGCACAAAUGAAAGGCCAAAGGUUUCUUUUAGUCCACCAGAAGGUCAGCCCACUGGCGGAAGUCUUUUUGCCAAUGUCUCAAAACUGUCACCCCCCACGCUCGAGUCCCCACCAAGGAGUCAUGUGGACUUGGCGCAGACUGCUGGCUCAAGCCUCUUUCAGGGGUUUAAUCAACCCUCUGAGAUAGCAGAAGAUCUGCAAGGUACCAAUCAAGGGAUUACAGAACAGCCUACGCGGCCGAAUCUCUUCCAGACAGUAACCCGGCCUUCAAAUAUAGCCGGUGCUCCGCAAAGCCAAGUCCAAUCGAGUACGGAACAACCUGCCCGCCCAAGUCUCUUCCAAAAAGUUACUCGACCAACCGACGAUUUCAGCGUCACAAAGUCACCAAAUGACCAAGCAAAAGAGACAGUCCAAACUCCAGCAUCUACCGUACCAAAGCAGGCAGAUCGCGGCUUGAGUGCAUUGCAAUACAACACAAAAGCAAUUACUCAUACGCCCCCUGAUACAAGGCCAAAGCCACACAGUUGGUUCACUGACGAAGAAAAAAUGCAAACGAGCAUUGGUUGGCGCUUGAAAGAAUUAGACGAAGGAUAUCGCAUGUACUUGAAGCAAGACAAUUCCGAGGAGUUCAAGGUCCUCAAAGAAUUCUAUGACGAGAGAAAGAAAAUGAUCCUGAACGCUGGCGAUGGACCUCUUAAAAGCUUUACAGGUCAAAAGAGACAGUCGAAUGCUCUGGAUGAGUCUGAUGCAAGUCAACCGAAGUUGAAACGAGUCACUGUUCCUGGCUCCCAAUCAUCUGCUGAGGCUUCUUUUGUCAAUGAUAGCAAAACACAGCACGUUGACUCGACACCGACUCCCCAUAACCCAUUAUCAAAACUGAAAGGUAAAAGAAAGGCCGACGAGGACGCGGUAGACGACCAAAAUGAACGUGGCAAUGAGAUGGCCAAGCGCGCCCGUGGUCCAGAAGCCCCUGCAUCACAAACGUCGAACCUUUUUAGUUCGAUCUUGGGUUCUAAUAACGCAUCAAUACCUUCAAAGGCGCAAAACGCAGUAGAUACUACACCAGCUGCAAAUGCUUCGCAAUCUAAUCCCUUCCAUCCCCAGGCAUCUCCAACAAAGAAUGCUUUCGGCUCUGGCAUCGGCAAUUCCAGUAGCUCCUCUUUGUUCUCGCCUCAGAGCCCAUCUACCACCGAUAUCAAUGUGACGCCCUUCGCUUCACAUGACAAAACACAGUCGUCCAUAUUCUCCAGCAAAACGUUAGGAUCUGUAAGAUCGUUUCAGGAUCCCAAAUCAUUAUCAACUAACCCGUUUACCUUCGCACCUGCGUCAGCUCAACCAGCUGACGUUGAUGCCUUGGCGACGGCGUCAUCUCCAAUGACAAAGCCACCGGUCUUUCCAAUGGCCGCUACACCUACUUUCAUGUCACAAUUCGGUAAUGCUGCGAAGCAGGAAUCCGAGAAAGCGCGGGAAAAACGCAAAGCCGAUGAAUACGAUUCAGAAGACGAAGAUGAAGCAUCAUGGGAAGAAAAGGAUGCAGAGAGGGAGCAUCAGAAGAAGCAAAAGGUCGAGCAGGCGGCCAAGAUCGCUCAAAAAUUUGUUCCUGAUCUCACUACAAAUUCAGCCACUCAGAGUAAGGCUGGCCCUACCUCUACAGCACAAUCGACCGUGCCAGCCGCACCAAAAUCAAUUUUCGACAUGCAAAGUCCAAUUUUCACGCAGCAAUCGAACAUUUUCGGCCAUCUUGCUAAGCCUAACAGUGAAUCCGAUGUCGAAAAAAGCAUUGGAGGGAGCGAUGAGGAUGAUGACGAGAGUGACUUAGCCGAAAAGCAAUCUUCAAGCUCCGUGCAGCCUGCCGCAAAGGGCUUGUUUGACCGAGUCUCGAUACCAGCGGCGAAGGCAAACGCGUCUGGGUCGGAUGAAUCACAAGUGAACGAUCACACAUGGAAGGCUGAUAGUCCCAUCAAAUUUGGCGCGACUGCUUUCAACACAAGUGCACCUUCGCUCAAAGUGUCAUCAGACACGUUAUCAAAGCCGCCCGCCGCGGGCCUAUUUGGUGCACCAUCGUUCAACGCUACCUCAGAUGUGCCAGCAACAAAGCCUAAUGCAAACAUUUUUAGCAGUUUCGGAUCUCCCGGUGGCGCAGUCGGCUUUGGCUUCGCUCCAGCCAAGACAGCGGUAAGCACACUGGCUCCACCCUCAAACGAUACUUCCCGAGCGACUUCUCCUGGUAUUGCGACUGGUGAAAGCGCAACAGAAUCAGCAGCUGAAGGUACUGAAGACUCUACCGAGAAGCACGAACAAUUGGACUUGAUGUCAAAUCGUGCGGGUGAGGAGGAUGAGGACGUUCAAUUCGAAGUCAGAGCUAAGGGUGUAUGCUGGGAUAGAGAGACGAGCAAGAUGAUCCCAAGGGGCGUAGGCCCACUCCGCAUUCUGAACAACGGGAAAACAGGCAAGAGGCGGAUUGUACUCAGAGCUGAUCCUAGUGGUCGAGUUAUCAUCAACAGCCCUAUCGUUCCUGAAGCCAAUAUUCAGUACGAUCGUUUCGCUGUCGCUAUGCGAGGCCUUUUCAUGGAUGGUAAUGGUGAACAAUCGCCUUGGCAAAUCAGAGUAAAGCAGGAUGCGGAUUUACACAAGAUGAUGGACGUCCUUGGGGUGAAGAAGGGCCUCAAAGGCAGUGAAGAAUGA